AUGUCACAAUGCGUGGGUAGACAGAUACCAUACAAAACACAGAUACCAGAAACGGUUCUGGAAUCGCCUGGAAACUGCCAGCAGAUGCAAUUACCUCCAGCUGUUAUCGAAAACACUCCAAUUCCAGCCCAAACCCAGCAACAUGUCACUCUAAUAACGGAUUGCACGCCGUCAGUAUGCAAGAACUUGGCAAACACGAUACAAUUAAUGAUCGUUGUAGAUCUACUUAAAAAUGGGAAAGGCUCGCAGGAGCCAGUGGAAUUGGCUUUAUCCUUGCUUAAUGAUAUAACUAACUCUCCAACAUCUCCUUGUGGAUGCACAAAUCCAUUUUUCUCCAAUUCCAUUUCUAGUUUUGUGCCAACAAAUCCGAAUAUUAUUCCAUCUAUUGCCCCAAAACUCAAUCAGAACUCUUUCUUUCCAAAUUUUAUACCUUCCAACGCUAUUUCUGGAUUAAUUCCAGGUAUCACACCUUUCACUGGUAGAAUUAAUCCAAAUGCUCUAUUCUAA